CACCGCCAAUUUCUCUCUCCCCUUUCAUCAUCAUCUUCUUCUUCCUAUCUUCUCUCUCUCGCAUUUUUUCAUUCCUCCCCUGUUGCUCCGCUGCAGCAAAUCAGACCACGAAGAACCAUUUUCGUGUGCUCAGUUGCUCACUCUCAUCCUGCAAUCAAGGCUGUGAUUAGAUAUGCAGUAUAGAGUGCAGGAGAUUGGGAUUCAGCCAUGACCUCCUUGGUCACAUGCGACCCAAUAUGAUCACCACCCACUAACAGAUUGAAUGGGCAGUAUUUAGUAAACAUGGGUUAUGGACAGAAUUGAUACUUGAAGGCAAUGGAAUGACAUGAUGAAGUAUAUGAAGUCAAUUAAUCUGUUCCAUGAUUUACUGAAGUCAAACACAGCAGGAAAAGGACGGUUACUUGGAUUAGAUGUUGGCCUUAAAUAUGUUGGUUUAGCUGUUUCAGAUCCCUAUAAUAAAAUUGCUUCUCCUCUAAGUGUACUGGUUCGAAAGAAGUCAAAUAUUGACUUGAUGGCUAAAGAUUUUCAAUCUUUGAUUUCAGAAUUUUCUCUGGUGGGCUUUGUCGUUGGCUAUCCUUUCGAUUAUCAGCGUAACACUCCAGAUGCUGUUCAAGUGAAGCUUUUUAUUGAGGAUCUCCGCAAAAUAGGAAAACUUGAAGAUGUGAAGUAUACAUAUUGGGAUGAACGUUUUACAUCAAAGUGUGUGGAAUUACUAUUGAAGCCUUUGAAUCUGCAUCCGGUAGAAUCCAAGACAAUUCUUGAUAAAUUUGCUGCUGUUGGAAUACUCCAGGGGUACCUGGAUUACGUAAACAUGAACUUGAAGUUGGAGAAAGAGGUAAAUGAUACAUAGCUAGCGGAGUAGUGUUAUUUUCCUUGAUAUUUUGUGACUUCUAAUGCGAAAACCUCGUCUUGUUACUCUUACUGGUUUUAUCCUUCGGAAAAGUUGUAUUUCAUUGGAUAGAUAUUUUAAGGGGAGAGAGAGAGAUCCCAGUUUACCGUGGGAUCAAUUUGGAUCA